GAAUUUAGGAAUUUAUCCCUAGAAGGCAAUAAAAAACAGAACCACCGUCAUAAGCGAGUGAGUCGUAUCAUUUACGUAUUAAAUCAGUGUUUUCUCUCGACACCAAACCAAAUCUAGAGGAUUCCCUCACUCGUCUUCCGUACCCGAGUCAACAACAACUACAACAACUCUUCGAUCUUCAUUCAGAUCUCAAAUCUCCUCCAUAUUUGUUCUUCAAAUGCUUCUCGAUUUCAAGAUUUAAUCUCCGCUUCAAAACAAGAAAUUGAAGCAGGAAAUUACAGUGUUCUCCAACAAAAUGGCGAUCGCUGGACCAAUUACUCCUGGCCAGGUAUCAUUUUUCCUCGGAAUAAUCCCAUUAUUUGCCGCAACGUUAUAUGCUGAAUGGUUGGAGUACAAGAAGAAUUCAGUGUCUUCAAAAAUUGGCAGGCUUUCUGACAUCAACUUAGUUGAAUUGGAGAAAAAUACGGUCAAGGACGAUGACAGAGCUGUUUUAUUAGAAGGUGGAAAUCUCCAGUCAUCUACUCCAAAACUACGCAGUUCAAAUGUGGCAUCUCAGCUUCUCAGAUUAUUUCUGAUGGAUGAGUCAUUCUUGGUUGAAAAUCGGUUGACAUUAAGAGCCAUAUCUGAAUUGGGCUUGUAUCUGGUAUGCUUCUACAUAUGUGAUCGUACAGAUAUUUUUGGAGAGUCAAAAAAGAGUUACAAUCGGGAUCUUUUCCUGUUUCUCUAUUUCCUUCUUAUCAUAGUUUGCGCGAUCACUUCUUUCAAGAUCCAUCAAGAUAAAUCACCAAUUACAGGGAAAUCUAUACUCUAUUUAAACAGGCAUCAAACUGAAGAAUGGAAAGGGUGGAUGCAGGUAUUGUUUUUGAUGUAUCACUACUUCGCUGCAACAGAAAUUUAUAAUGCAAUCCGCAUUUUUAUCGCUGCAUAUGUGUGGAUGACUGGGUUUGGUAACUUUUCCUAUUACUAUGUCCGGAAAGAUUUCAGCGUAGCUAGAUUCGCCCAGAUGAUGUGGAGGCUUAAUUUCUUUGUGGCAUUUGCCUGCAUUGUCCUCAACAAUAGUUAUAUGUUAUACUACAUAUGCCCCAUGCACACCCUUUUUACCCUCAUGGUCUAUGGUGCCCUUGGUAUCCUAAAUAAAUACAAUGAGAUUGGAUCGGUGAUAGCACUAAAGAUGGCUUCCUGCUUCUUGAUUGUUAUUUUGGUCUGGGAGGUCCCUGGAGUAUUUGAAUUCAUAUGGAGCCCAUUUACAUUUCUUCUUGGUUACACCGACCCGUCGCAUGCAAAAGGACGAUUUUCCCUCUUGCAUGAAUGGCAGUUCCGCUCAGGGCUUGAUCGUUAUAUAUGGAUUAUUGGCAUGAUUUAUGCGUACUAUCACCCAACAGUUGAGAAGUGGAUGGAGAAGCUGGAAGAGUCUGAAUUCAGACGUAGGAUAUCUAUUAAAUUGGCUGUGGCGUCUGUUUCCUUAACGGUUGGGUAUCUGUGGUUCGAGUAUAUAUACAAGUUGGAUAAAAUUACAUACAACAAGUACCAUCCUUAUACAUCAUGGAUUCCAAUAACUGUUUAUAUUAGUCUGCGAAAUGUCACUCAGCAUUUUCGGUGCUACUCCCUGACCUUAUUUGCAUGGCUUGGGAAGAUUACAUUGGAGACCUACAUCUCGCAGAUCCAUAUCUGGCUAAGAUCUGGCGUACCAGAUGGACAGCCUAAACUGUUGCUGUCUUUAAUCCCAGACUAUCCAAUGCUCAACUUCAUGCUUACGACUGCCAUAUAUGUUGCGAUUUCAUAUAGGCUAUUCGAGUUAACAAAUACCUUGAAGACGGCUUUCGUCCCUAGCAAAGACGACAAACGCUUAAUGCACAACAUUGUCGCAGCUGGAGUGAUCUCAAUUUCCUUGUACACUCUAUCAUUCGUUUUCUUGCAAGUUCCACAGCUGAUGGGAUGAUGGGACAGUAUGGAAGAUAUGAAGAUAGCAGAUAGUAGAUAGCUCGAGCAGGCUUGAUACUUCAUGAUCACUUGGGAGGUGGUAAGAAGUUGUUAAAAUAGCACAGAGCUGAGAAUAGAAAAGUAAUUGUAUUAGUUUUACUACCUCCUCUUGUAUAGGAAAGGGUGAGUUCAACCUCCAAUUGAGGUCUUCUUCGUUUUCUCUUUCUAGACAAUUUCUUUGAAUUAUCAUUAUCCAAACACACAAAAAAAGCAAUGGAAAAAAGCAAAAGUUUUACAGUUCUCAUGCAAUUGUAUUGUGAGUAGAAAUUUGUUGUAUUGGUGUAACAUGAACAUUUCAAUUCAAUCCUAAUUUUGCCA